AUGCCAUGGCCUGAUGACCCCGAUGUCCCCAACCCGGGGGACAUGGGCACCCAUUGCCCAAAGCCAUUGGGCUGGGACAGGUCAUGGCUCGAUGUCCUCAAUAUCCCAAAGUCCCCCAAGUCCCCCAAGGGACCGAGGUGGGACACCGUCAUCACCCCGGCUCAAGGGAUGGAGACCCACCACGGCCUCAUGUCCCCAACGUCUCUGAUGUCCCCGAAGGAUGUGGGACAUAGUUAUCACCCCCGCUCAAGGGAUGGAGACCCACCACAGCCCGACGUCCCCAACGUCCCCAACACCUCCGAUGUCCCCGAAGGACGGGUCUUGGGGGACCCCAAAGCUUUGGGGGCUCCAGGGGUCUUGGGGCACCCCCUGGCAGGGAGGGCUCCUGGUGGCCUCAGGGUCCCCAGCGCCCUGGACCCCCCGCAUGUCCCUGGUGUCCCCAAUGACCCUGGGGUGCUCAACGCCCUGGAGGUCCCCAACAGGCUGGGUGUCCCCAGCGCGCCGGGUGUCCCCAAUGUCCCAGGUGUCCCCAACGCCAUCAGCAAUGUGGGUGUCCCUAACGCUCUGCAGGUCCCUAAUGUCCCGAAGGUCCCCAACACCUUCCGUGACCCAGGUGUCCCCAACGCCUUGGAGGUCCCCAAGGGCUUCCGUGACCCAGGUGUCCCCAACGCCCUGGAGGACCCCAACGCCCUGAAGGACUCCAAUGCCCUGGAGGACCCCAACUCCCUGGGUGCCACCACACCGUCAUGGGACCGGGUGGUGUUCGUGCUGCCGGCCUUCGAGGUCCGCACGGGCACACGGGUGCCGGGGACGAAGGCGGAGCUUCGGGGGCUGUGGGGCACGGGGGAUGCCCGGCCCUUCUAUGGGGCACUGUGCCCCCGGUGCCAAGCACCCACAGGCUACGGGCGCUGGUGGGCGCUGCCACCCACCCCUCACCUGCGCGUGGCCUACGAGGCCCCGUGGCGUGACCCAUGGGAGCCCUUCUACGUGGGGCCGGCCCAUGGCGUGCCACCCUUCGAUGAGCGCUUCCUCCAGUACGGCUUCAACCGCAUCAGCCAGUCGUGCGAGCUGCACAUGGCCGGCUUCCGCUUCGCGGUGCUGGACGGAGCCUUCGUCGUCCACCGCGGCUUCAAGGAGGCCGGCGGCUUCCACGGAGGGCGGGAGGCCGAGCUGCACCGCAACCGGCAGCUCUUCCGGCACUUCCGUGCCGAGCUGCGCCAGCGCUACCCCCGCUCGCCCCACCACUGCUGACCGCACACUUGGGUCCCCUCCGCCCGGACGCCUGGGUC